AAUCACAUAUUUAUAUCCUAUCUAUGAAACUCAAAAACAUCUCCUUUUUAUGGCUCUUUUCUUUUAUCAUUGCAUUAAUUUCCAUCAUAUUUUCCAUUUGGUUAAACAUUUCUACCUCCAACUUACCCUUUGUAAAACAAGACAUUUUUGAGGAUUAUAACCUCCUAAGGAUUUUGAAGCAUAGCAUUUGGACAAGCUAUAACCACGACCAGGACCAUGACCAUAGGAGAGCAAUAAAGGCAUGUGAAUUAGAUGAUUCAAAAUGGAUGUCUAUGUUGCCAUCCUUAUACCCAAUAUCUCUUACUUUAACAGUGGAUUUACAUGGUUGUGGAAACUUUACUAGUGUUCAACAAGCAGUUGAUGCUGUACCAGAUGUUAUUAGCUCUUCUUACACUCAUAUCAUUAUAGCUUCUGGUCUUUACAGGGAGAAGGUGAUGAUUAAUACAAAGAAAACCGAGAUAAUAUUGGAGGGUCAAGGAUACCAAAACACAAUUAUAUCUUGGAAUGAUACUUCUAAAUCUUCCGGAAGCACAGCCAAUAGUGCUUCAUUCACCGUUUUUGCGCCUGGAUUUAUAGCUUUUAACGUUAGCUUUCAGAAUACAGCUCCACAACCAUCUCCAGGAGAUGAAGGAGGGCAAGCAGUAGCAAUGAAAAUAUCAAGUGAUAAAGCUGCCUUUUAUGGUUGUGGCUUUUAUAGUGCUCAAGAUACUCUCAAUGAUGAUCGUGGCAGGCAUUACUUUAAAGAUUGCUACAUUCAAGGUUCCAUUGAUUUCAUCUUUGGAGACGGUAGAUCGCUCUAUGAGAAUUGUACCAUAAACUCAAUAGCUCAAGAGAGUACACAAGGAGUUGAUGGAUCAAUAACAGCACAAGGAAGGCAAUCAAAAGAGGAAAACACAGGGUUUUCCUUUGUGAAUUGCAAUAUAAUUGGAAGUGGUAGAGUUUGGCUUGGCAGAGCUUGGGGAGAAUAUGCUACUGUUGUCUUCUCCAACACUAACAUGAGUGAUAUUAUUUCUCCUGAUGGAUGGAAUGAUUGGAGAGACCCCUCUAGAGACACAACUGUUUUCUUUGGAGAAUAUGGAUGCAUGGGAUCAGGAGCAAGUGACAGUAAUAGGGUUAAUUAUAGUAGGCAGCUAAAGCAAGAUGAGGCUGCUCCAUUUAUGGAUAUUUCUUAUAUUGAUGGGGAUGAUUGGCUUCUUCCUAAUCCAAGCCUUUCAUUGAACUCUAUUGACAUCAAUAAACAAAAGAUAAAAUCUCUUGAGUUUUAAAAUGUGCGUAUACUGAUGUAGAACUUCUUUUUGAAUUUGCGUCAUAAUAAUUAGAAAAAGUAUAAAUAUUAAAUUAUAUGGUGCAAAUUUAAAUAGACUAGAGUAGAAGUUUAGAUGAUAAUGAAAUAAUUUGAAUCAUUGUUUGGUAGACAUGAUUUUAUCGUAUUUUGAUGUUAUGAGUUAUUGAUAAAGUAUCUUGACAUGCUAACGUUUUACAUGGAUUGUGAAAAUUAAUAAGAUUAGCAUAUAUAUAUAUAUAUAUAUAUGUAAAACAAAACUCAUGCUUAAUAAUUGGA